GCGCACGUCGAGUUGAAAAGUGGAUAAGGAUUGACAAGAUGCACUAUUCAUGGCUACUGGUAGUUGCACUGUAUACAAGUGGCUGCAGCAGUGCUCGGAUCCUAGUUCUCCAGCCCAUGCCUGCCAGAGGACAUCUGAUUGUGACGGAGCCUCUAUUCGAGGAACUUGCUGCUAGAGGGCAUCAACUGACUGUGGUGACCAGCUUCCCUCACAAAUCUCCGGUACCCAACCUAGACGAGAUUGACGUGUCUGAGGAGACCGAGGCGAGCAAAUGGGUUGGAAACAUCGCCUUGGAGGGAAUCAGACAAAACAUGCCCAACCAGCUGCACUCCCCGCUGUAUAUGGCGAAGAACGAUUACGACAUGUGCAAAGCGGUUUACUCCAAUAAUCAAGUAAAAAUGCUUCUAAAAUCCACCAAGAAGUUCGAUAUGGUGAUCACCGAGGUAUUCACCAACGAUUGCUUUGCUCCUUUCGCGUCUAAGUUUGGAGCUCCUCUUGUAUCAAUAGUUACUAGUUUCCCCCUACCGUGGCUGUCAGACCGUGUAGGACUACCGGACAACCCUUCGUAUAUACCUAACUACUAUCUGGAUGUAGGUAGUGAAAUGACAUUCUUUGAGAGAGUUUAUAAUACCUUUUUCUUAAUUUACACAAAGUUACUUUACCACCUCGUGUUUUUACCCAAAGUACAAAAUAUGGUCGAUGAAUACUUUGAAGGACUACCCCCAAUCGAAGAGAUUGUUAGAAAUACCUCGCUAAUAUUGAUGAACAGUCACCUUUCACUGACCUACAGUCGUCCGUGUACUCACAAUGUGGUGGAGGUUGGAGGGAUACAUAUCAAGAACACUUCGACUAAAGUUCCCCAGGACUUGCUGGACAUUCUUGACAAAUCCACUUCAGGAGUCGUUGUUGUAAGUUUUGGAUCGAUGGUUCGCAUGGCUUCCCUUCCAGACAACUUAUUAAAGGCAUUUUUGGCCUCAUUUGCGAAAAUUCCUCAAACAGUAAUUCUUAAAUAUGAAGAGGAAUUGGCGGAUGUUCCAAAAAACGUUGUAGUCAGGAAAUGGCUUCCGCAAAGAGAAAUCACAGAACACAAGAACGUAGUGGCGUUGCUCAUUCACGGAGGACUUGCCAGUAUCACGGAGGCAGUGUACUAUGGCAAGCCUGUGAUCGGCGUGCCUAUCUUCUCAGACCAGUUCCUCAACAUCAAGACCAUCGUCAGGCACGGUGCUGGGGUCUUGCUGAACAUUGACGAUAUCAGUGAACAGACCUUGGACUCAGCUCUGCGCAGCGUGCUCAUCAACCCUGAGUUCACACUGAAGGCCAGACAGCUGUCGGCAAAGUUCCGAGACAGACCGAGGACGGCUCUUCAGAUAGCCGUGUACUGGGUGGAGUACGUCCUAGACCACAAUGGAGCACCACAACUGAGACCCUCGUCCGUGGACCUCCGUCUCGGUCAGUACCUGCUGCUGGACAUUGUGGCUCUGGUGCUGAUAACGUCCAUAGCUCUGGUCUACUGUGUCUCCUGUAUCCUGAGAUACCACGGGAGUUCUUUAUUGUUCUGUCUGUGA